UAAUGUCAGGCCGAGUCGAGGUCAAAUAGAUCAAAGACCGCACAAUACUUCGAUACUACUUUCCCCUGUCUGGUAACAAGUCGUUAGAGGCCCUCUCCAGCAUCAAAUUGACCUCCAUGGAGGUCAAAACUGGAGUAACAAUUGUGAAAAUUCGUCCGAAUACGAACAGAACGGGUAAAGUAAAAUCCCUUUCUGCUUUCGAACUAGAUUCCAUCCCCACUUUCCAUUAUUUUAAAUCACCCCAUCGGCAGAGAACAAGCCACAGCAAUAGCUUUCGGUAAAGCUUUAAUUAGAUGCCAUCUGUCUCAGAAAGGACAGAAUUCAGGAAUUGAUAAAAUCAAUGGAUUUCACUAAGAUCGGCCCCCUUUUCCCCAAUACCAUUCAUUCCCCUUCUCAUCUUUAUCCUUCCUCCGCUCGUUUAUCAACACCGCCAAUCGCCGCAUCACCACAAAAUCGAAACCACCUGUAAAAUCCGAGAGUCAGAGUAAGAGAGAAGAGAAUCAAUGGGAGUUGUGCUAAUCGACGGCGCGACGGUCCGCGACUUCACGGAGGACGCGGCCCACUUCAACAAGAGCGUCGACGAAACCUUCGCCCUCCUCGACGCCAACAAGGACGGGGUGCUGUCCCGCUCGGAGCUCCGGCGGGCGUUCGAGACCCUCCGCCUGGUGGACAAGGACUUCGGCGUAGACACCCCCACCGGCCCCGAGGAGCUCACCAAGCUCUACGACUCCAUCUUCGACAAGUUCGACGGCGACCGCAACGGCAAGGUGGAUCUGGAGGAGUACCGGUCGGAGGUGAGGAAGAUCCUGCUCGCCAUCGCCGACGGGCUGGGUUCCAGCCCGAUCCAGAUGGCUCUGGAGGACGACGACCAGAGCUUCCUCAGGAAAGCCGCCGCGCUCGAAGCCUCCAAACUCGCCGCCGCCAGUUCUUAAUUUUCCAACGUUUCUGUUUUGCAGUUUGCUUCACUACCCAAUCGGAUCCGCCGGUUGCUGUAUCCUUGUAACUUUUUUUGUGGAAUAAAAGUUCAUGUGGCUGAUUAGUAGAAACUGCCCUCGAUCGACCAAAUUGAUUUUAUGAUCACUUUGCUUCACUACCCAAUCGGAUCCGCCGGUUACAAGAACGGAUACCAUUGCCAAUUAGCUCAUGUCCCAAGCUCAGGUUGUGGCUUACAAUAUCCAGCAACCAAACAGUAAGAGAGACGGCUUCUGGCCUCAGAAAUGAAUAUAUACAAUCCGGCUAAGCCACACACGUCACACGAGUAGCCAGGGCCCCGGGUAUUGACAGGUGUCAGUCGAGUCAGGGUCUUCUUGCCACGUUUUAAUAAUGUGGUCGCUAUGGA